AUGGAAUYAGYGAUGAUGUUUUUUGUACAUGUUUUUGUCAUAAAAKAUCUCWUUGGAAUCUCAAAAGCCCAAAAUYCAWUGAGUCAAGAUUACAGAUACACAGAUGGUAUACCAAUCUCCUUACAAGGCUACAAACUCAAUGGUUUUAACUACAAGGUCUUUAACUYGGUSACCAUGAUMGGYUGUGGGCAAAGAUGUUUGGCUGAAUUCCCUAAAUGUGUGUCGUACAACUACUUUGUGUCAAUGAAAGAAGAAUUCUGUGAGCUGAACACGAAAGGAGUUAGUUCCGAAGCUGAAGGAAUUGYACGAAGCCUUGACAAGGAGCUGAAUUCGGUUUAUGUUCAAACUCAAUCUGUUUCGAUGAAUUAUCCCAGGACAUGCGCAGACCAUUACAAGUCGGGUGUCCGGGAAUCAGGUCUGUACUAUAUACGAGACCGUGACAACCAKUACUAYCGGGUGUUCUGCGACUUCCACAGCGAGGCAAAMAAAGYCUGGACACUAGUGUACUCCGCUAGUUUUAAAAACAGGAAAGUGCCGCAGGUUGAAACGAUGCCUUUCUACAYAAAUGGACCACURAAUGAAAACACACCAAAYUGGGAGUCUUAYCGAUUAUCUCUUGCACGCAUGGAGGACAUCAGUAACAGCUCAACACUUUGGCGAGUCACGUGCAACUUUCCACAAGAUGGUUUGAAUUAUCACGACUACGCACGCGCGAAGAUUGCCGACAUGAACAUGCUAACCCUACAUGAUAAUGGGAUAUGUCUACGGAUGGAAUACAUCCACGCUGUCAAUCACAAUUGCUCUGACUGCACGGCUGGCUGGUGGCAGCGCACUGAUGUUAUACUGCAUCACGACCUUACAACUGAUCCUUGUGAUUUUGGUAAAACUUCGGGCGCAGUUCCAACGCAAGACGCGUUUGGGUUUUAUGGAGGAUAUAGCAACAACCACAGAUGUUCCGYGUCGGAUUCAUCYAGUACCAAUAUCUGGUAUGGUAGCAACGUUUGAGUGUUAAAUCKUCCGUGAAAURCAACGUUUGAAAGGUAUAUAUUCAAAAAAGUGGGGUUUUAUAAAGAAAUGACUUUCACAGUGUGAUAGGUACAUGGCUGUCUAGCAGGAGUUUUWACAGUUCUAUUUAUAUUGAUCAACAACUAACUUUUCUGUAGCAGUUGGCUCUAUGCACUGAUAGUACGUCUCAAAGGCGGAAACUGUCACGUGGGGGUUUUUCCUCCAAUGAGAGCRGAGGAAAUUUGUUUUAUAGCAAGAGAGUUCACUAAAGUUACACUCAGAUAAUUGAGGUUAAGGUUAGAAUAUCAAUUGGCUCAGAUUAGCGUUUUCGAAUGUGUGAGCGUUUCGGCCCGUUCUAUUCACGYUACAACAUAAAACUGGAAAAAAUCGCGCUCUUCAAAGGUUUUAAAUUUGAUGUUAAUAUGUAAGUAACAUAAUAUAGAAAAUUUACACAC